CCCGUAGUGGGCAGUGAUGGGAGGAAUUAAUUUUGAAGAUGUAGUAAGGUAAGUGUCACAGUGACAGUUGGGCAUUCUUAAUCUGUAUAAGUACUAUCAAAGAGAUAGAAGAUGCAUGGGGCUAAAGGGUUCAAGUCGGGUCAACCAGAUAAAUAUGAGAAAACGUCAGCAUCUGUUGGAAGGGAGCGGAAAACAUAUGGAAAUAAGCGAUCAGCUCCACCGAAGAAAAGUGGUCGUAAACCAACAUGGAUGACCAAAAGUAUGGCUGAAGAUUACAGCCGAGAAGAUAUAUUGAGAGCUACUGUCAUUGAAUUCCUCAGCUAUUUUGUUUUUGUGAUUUGCGUAUGUUGCUUCGUAAUGGGCUCUCAAAGUUCAUACAAUUAUUACCUAACAAAGAGUGUGAGUACACAGUUUGUGGAGAAAGAAUUCGAUACAGAAAGCGGAUUCUCUAUUAGAUUUACAGGAAUCAACAGUGCAGCAGAUUUAUGGAUGUACUUGGAGAAACAUUUCGUUCCAAGCCUUUUCUGGGAAUACACCUAUGACAAAGAAAGCAUGAAAGAUGAGAACGCAAUGAAUAUUAUGUACGACAAUAGAGUUUUAGGUGUUCCAAGAAUUAGACAGGUGAAAGUACGAAAUGACACGUGUGUAGUGCACACAUACUUCCGUGAUAGAUUCAAAGGUUGUUAUGGCCGUUACAACUCUCUCAACGCAGAUAAAGACGAUUUUGGGCCUGGAGGAGCAACAGCAUGGAUCUAUAGCUCUGAGGAAGAAACAAAAAGCAUGUCGCAUACCGGCCAAGUAGCCACAUAUACUGGAGAUGGAUUUUAUACUGAUCUAUUCAGAGAUCGUAACAGAACCAUAGAAUUAAUUCAAUAUUUGAAAGAAAACGAGUGGAUUCGAAGGGGCACUAGAGCUGUCAUUAUAGAUAUGACAGUUUAUAACACUAACACUGAUCUAUACGCAGGCAUGUUGUAAUCGACAAAGUCAAAUUAGCUAUUAUGCAAAUUUGUAUUUGAGUUUCCUCCAGUGGGUGGAGUACUACCAAAAUCGCAUAUCUACAGCAUGAAGCUUCUCAGAUCUUCGAAAAAAUGGGACGUUUUCGUAUGGGUUUGCGAGCUCGCGUCAUACGUGUUCGUGCUCAUCUACUUUUUUGAAGAACUAAGGGAAAUUAUUUACUUUAAAUGGAGAUACAUAACGAAGUUUUGGAAUGUAAUUGAUUUUUUGAUUAUUGCGAGUGCUAUAGCAUCUGGUGCGUUUUCUGUAAAGCAAUAUCUUCGUGUACCCAUGACUAUAGACGCCAUAAGAGACAAUCCUGAGAAGUAUGCUAACGUGGAACAUCUAGGGGCAAUAUACAACUCCACAAAUCAAUUAUAUGCCGUGUUGCUACUAGUAGUUUUCUUGAAGGUUUUCAAAUAUCUGAAGUUUAAUAAAACAAUGGGUCAGCUGAGCAGUACUCUGAAACGGUGCUCAAAAGACAUAUCAUACUUCCUCCUGAUGUUUUUCAUCGUGUUCAUUGCCUUCGGCGAAGUUGGUUGCCUCCUUUUCGGGAGUUCAGUAUACAACUACAAAAAUUUGGACAUCGCAAUGUUUACGCUGUUGAGAACCACUCUUGGCAACUUUGAGUAUGAAGAAAUCGGAAAUAUCCAUAAAGUGUUAGCUCCUAUAUACUUCUUGACAUUCAUUUUCCUGGUAAUCUUCGUAUUAUUGAAUAUGUUUCUGGCUAUAAUCAACGAUACGUACGACGACGUGAAAAUAGAAGCACCUCCAGAUGAGCUGCAGAUGAGUCAGUAUUUGCAAAACAGGUUUUACAAAUUUCUUCGCAUAAUAGGGAUCAAGAAGAAUUUUGGUGCCGAUGAACAGAAAAACGCAGUUAAUACUAACAUGGAACUGCUCGGACAAAAGUUGGAAAAACGUGGUUUUAAUCAUUUCGAAAUUGAUAUGUUCUUCGAACGAUAUCGCAUCAACCCAGAAGCUACUAUAAAAACGGAUGAACUUGAUGAUUCUGCAGAGGAUUCUACACGCCGCUCUAAACGACUAGACACGAUUGAUAAUGCCAGCAAGAAGCUUGAAGAAAUAGACGAAACUAUCGGAUUGCUUUUUAACCAAGUGAAAUCGUUGCAUAAACGUCUCGACGAUAUUGAAACCAAAAAGAAGAAACUGAAGAGACCUUAGAAGUAUAUUCUAGUACUAUUUUGCUUAUUGUUCUUUGUAGAACGUUGACAAUAAAAAUUACAAUUAUGAAUCUUGAC